AUGGCUCAGGAGAGGAAAAAAGUGGUUCACGAAGAAUGAUUGUGUUAUGAUGAGUCAGCGCCUGGUCGUGAUUCGGAUUGUACGAAGUACAGUUACCUUUGCGAGAAUUAUGUGUACUAUAAUCUGAUGACCUGGCAAUGCCCUGUAACAUGCGACCGUUGUUCAGAUCUAAUUAUUCCAACGCCUCGUACAGGUAUAUUUGCAAAUGGUACCUGCACUGACCUAAAAGGUCCAAAUGGUCGUUCAGAUUGUCGGAAAUAUAUAAUACUGUGCCGAGACCCGCGCUAUGUCUCACUGAUGGCAAAUGAAUGUCCCGAAAGCUGUAAAUACUGUCCUUAA